GAGAGGCGAAGGGCAAGGGGCAGAGGGCAAGGGGCAAAGGGCAAUUCCCCUCCUCCCCCUACCCACGCGAGGCCCUGGAGCGCUGAUUGGCGGUGUGCUGUGGAAGCGGCAAGAGGAACGUGUCUUGGCACGUGCCGAAUAAGCGCUAAAGGCCAGGGGCGGUCCCACUCGCGAAGCCCUGGAGGGCAGAUUGGCUGCGCGAGGAAGGGGUGUGUCCCCACGUGAGCUGUCCCUGAGCGAGAGUAAGAGAUAAAGGCGAGAGCGCCUGAGCAGGCUUGGGCAGCUCCUCCCACUGCGGGCAAAGGGCAGGCAGUUCGUGCGGGGACACAAGCCCUGGCGGACCAUGGCCAUGGCGGGCGCUGAGUGGAAGUCGCUGGAGGAAUGCUUGGAGAAGCACCUACCGCUCCCCGACUUGCAGGAGGUGAAGCGCGUUCUCUAUGGCAAGGAACUCAGGAAGCUUGAUCUGCCCAGGGAAGCUUUCGAAGCUGCCUCCAGAGAAGACUUUGAACUGCAGGGAUAUGCCUUUGAAGCAGCGGAGGAGCAGCUGAGACGACCCCGCAUCGUGCAUGUGGGGCUGGUUCAGAACAGAACCCCACUCCCCGCAGAUGCCCCUGUGGCAGAACAGGUCUCUGCCCUUCAUAGACGCAUAAAGGCUAUCAUAGAGGUGGCUGCAAUGUGUGGAGUCAACAUCAUCUGUUUCCAGGAAGCAUGGACUAUGCCCUUUGCCUUCUGUACAAGAGAGAAGCUGCCUUGGACAGAAUUUGCUGAGUCAGCAGAGGACGGGCCCACCACCAGAUUCUGUCAGAAGCUGGCGAAGAACCAUGACAUGGUGGUGGUGUCUCCCAUCCUGGAACGAGACAGCGAGCAUGGGGACGUUUUGUGGAAUACAGCCGUGGUGAUCUCCAAUUCCGGAGCAGUCCUGGGAAAGACCAGGAAAAACCACAUCCCCAGAGUGGGUGAUUUCAAUGAGUCAACCUACUACAUGGAGGGAAACCUGGGCCACCCUGUGUUCCAGACGCAGUUUGGAAGGAUUGCGGUGAACAUUUGCUACGGGCGGCACCACCCCCUCAACUGGCUUAUGUACAGCAUCAACGGGGCUGAGAUCAUCUUCAACCCCUCGGCCACCAUUGGAGCAUUAAGCGAGUCCCUGUGGCCCAUCGAGGCCAGAAACGCAGCCAUUGCCAAUCACUGCUUCACCUGCGCCAUCAAUCGCGUGGGCACCGAGCACUUCCCGAACGAGUUUACCUCAGGAGAUGGAAAGAAAGCUCACCAGGACUUUGGCUACUUUUAUGGCUCAAGCUAUGUGGCAGCCCCUGAUGGCAGCCGGACUCCUGGGCUGUCCCGUAGCCAGGAUGGACUGCUGGUUGCUAAGCUCAACCUAAACCUCUGCCAGCAGGUGAAUGAUGUCUGGAACUUCAAGAUGACGGGCAGGUAUGAGAUGUACGCACGGGAGCUCGCUGAAGCUGUCAAGCCCAACUACAGACCCACCAUCGUGAAAGAGUAGCCGGCUUCAGUGCCUGCCUUGGGGUGAGGAAGACACCUCUGCCCCAGUGGAUUAGCAAGCGUGGCAGGCGUAACACAUCCAAGUUAUCCCCAAUAACAUUGUCCAGCUUGGCUUUAAAAUCCCCAGGCAGGGGAAGGGUGGCUUGGGGAGUGACUUCUUAAUAAGGGGUUUACUUCUGGGGUAUUGGAAAUGUUUGGGGACUAGGUAGAGGUGAAUGUACUAAAUGCCAGUGAAUUUGUGUAUACUUUAGAAUGUUUCAGUUAUGUGACUUUUACCUCAACUAAAAAAAAAAAUGCCCAGGUACUGCUUGUGCAGGUGGAUUUGAGGUUAGGCAGAUGAUGCUGUCCAUCCUGUACACCAGUGGGAAGAGGUUGAAGGCUGAUCCAGAGACCCUGAGCCUACAGCAAGGCUGUGGUGAGUGGGAUGGUCUUUGGAUGUGUCGGCUUAGCUAGACGACAGUCCCGAGUAAUUCAGUCAGACACUAAUCUAGGUAUUGCUGUGAAGGUAUUUUGUAGAUAUGACAAAAGUCCAUUCCCAGUCGACUACGUAAGUGAGAUUAUCUCAGAUAAUCUGGGUCAGCCUGACCUGAUCAGUCAAAAGGCCUAAAGAGCAGAGCUAAGGGCUUCCCUGAGGAAGAAAUUCUGCCUGUGGACAGCAGCCCAGCGCUUGGCGAGAGUUCCUGACAGCCUGCCCCUCCUGAUAGCCUGUCUUACAGAGUAUAGACAUGACUAGCCACUUCUACAAUCACUGAAGUCAAUUCCUUGCAAUAAAUCUCAAUAUAUGCCCUA